CGCCUCGGUGUUCUUUCUCUUCCUCUGUCGCGACAGGUUCGCAAACUUUCCGCCUAAUUCUUCGUAAAUAGUUGUUGAAUCCGUUCGAAGUUCUACGGUUUGCGUCGACAGCUUCCGUUGAGGGCGGGCGAAACGUUGAAAUAUCGAGGAGAUAUGGCGCAGCAUUGAUUCCCCAGCUGUUUCUCCUGAUUCGUAGCCAUUAGACGCAAUUAGCUCCCAGGGUUUCGAUUUCUUCUCCGGGAACCUGCGGUUUUGGCGCAAGGAUGCAAGCUGAAAAGACCGACACCGAGACCGAGAAGGUACAGCAAAACAACGUCGAUAAAAACGAUGCCGAGGGUGGAAAAAACGAGGCCAAGCCGGAGAAAAACCACGCCGAUGAGGAAUCCACGGAGGUGACGAACAAAACGGCGAACCUGAAGAUCGAGGACGAGACAGGAAGCUCGCCCAGCAGCCCGGGCGCCACGCAGCCUGGCACCUUCCUGUCUAGCUUCAAGGCGUUCUCGAAAUUCGGCGAUCCGAAAAGCGACGGGAAGCUGAUCACCCUCAGUCAGAGCGAUAAGUGGAUGAAGCAGGCGAAGGUGAUCGAUGGAAAGAAGAUCACCACCACGGACACGGGGAUUUACUUCAAGAAGCACAAAUCCACGAAGCUGGGAGUGGAGCAGUACAAAGCCUUCCUAGAGGAGUUGGCCAAGAGCAAGAAGGUAGACUUGACGGAGAUGAAGAAGAAGAUGGCGCACUGUGGACCACCCGGAGUGACUGGUGCUUCAGGGGUGGGAAAAGCGGCCUCGACCGUGGACAGGCUGACAGACGUCAGCAAGUACACCGGCUCCCACAAGCAACGGUUCGACGAAACCGGAAAGGGCAAGGGGAUCGCUGGUCGCAAGGACCUUCCCGACCAGUCCGGCUACGUGCAAGGCUACCAAAACAAGGACACCUACAAGGGCCACUAGCCCCCGAUCGCGUGCUCCUGCGAUGUAUUCGACACUCUGUUGUCCCGUCCACGCACUUCACAUGAAACGAACGCGUCUUCGUUGCGUUGCUUCACUGGCGUUCUUCCUAGCGUCGCAGCUCGCUGAACGACACCGCUGACCAUCAACGCCGAACGACGAAGACCCAUCGAACGCACCGAGGAAUCCUCUUCAGGGGAUCUCGGCGACCUCAACGUCUCGACAUGAGGGAACAUGAAGGGUUUCACGAGUUGUUCUUCGCGAUAACGACUUGGAAACCUAACGGUGGUUCCAGGACGCCAUUCGCGGGCUUGCUAUAGCGAAGAUUAACGUUACGUCUGCUGGGCAACUGUCUGUCGAAACAUUUUUCUUCUGAAAAAUAUUUUUACAUCUAGCGAAGCUGAGACACACGGUUCGAUUCGUGCUACCUUUUCUUUAAGGUGUCCUUCUAGUUGUCGCGUAACAGAAACGCCGAAUGAUGCUACGAGGCUUUUGGUAAAGAGCCUUUAAACAUAAUCUGGUUAUUACUUCUUCAAGUGGUCCGCCAUCUUCUCACGAAAUUGAGGCUACCACUACUGUAUUCAACUGACUCAAUUGUACGGGUUCGUAUGUCGCAGUCACUUAUUCUCGUGUAAACUUCUAUCUUUUAUAAUCGUAAAAGUAUAUUAACCUUUCACUAAUUACUCGAAAGUACAAUCCAAUAUUGAGACCGUACGUCCACGUACCAUUGGGUCCAGAAGCUGGUGAUUAGGAGAGUACUGCGACGAAGAAAGGGUAGCAUGAACAGGACGAACAGUAGCCCGAGGGACGUCGUGAAUCAGGCUUCAUUUUAAGCUACUCUAAGCUUUGCACACGCGCCGAGAUUUUAACAGGAAACGUUGAAACGCGACACUCUCGCUUCCGGCUCCUUAUAUCUGGAAGGUGGUCGACUCUAAUAGAGAAACGAAUCCACGAACAUUCUCGAAAUAUGUGUGCAGACGUGACUUAAUUUUAUGCGAUCAUCUUAGCUCGCAAAAAUUUAAGAGACCAACGUUAUAAAUUCCGUGGGUUACCCUGGUCGCGUAAAACCGGUCAAUUAAGUCGCAUUUACACAAAUAUAUCGGAAAUGUUCGAUUCUCGAUGGCCACUCUUCGUGCGUUAAGUUGCUUUCUAAACAAAAUUCACGCGCUACUUUUCGCGCUACAAUUUCUCGUAACGUUAAUUUUUGUAUAAGAACGUAACGGUAAGUUUUCUAUUCAUUUUGUAUCUCGCGACACGUCAGUUGGGUCAUCGUCGCGAAGGCGAUCGAUUUUCAGGCGUUUUCCACGAGACACCACUUGUUGCGUCCGUUGUCUAUACGCGACUCGAUCGCUCUCGUUCCAGUUGAUCGUCGAGUUAGGGUGACGCGAGUGAGCGAACUGGGAAACGGGUCAGUGCAGUUCCGUGGACAAUUUUCCUGCGGUGAUAAACGAAUCGCGAACAGUGCAAACGUUACCUGGUGCGAUCCAAGCCUGAGAAUGCUACUUUCCACGUAAUGUACAUACUUCUGGGUGAACGAGAACCCUUUGGAGGCUCCAGCGUCGCCAGCGAAUCAAACGAAUCGCGCGACGUCGCUUCUGCGCAAGGUACGUGCGCAGUAGAGGCUUCUCGAAGUCUCCAUUCGCCGGUGUCGCUCGUAUCUCCCGGGUUUCCGUGAACCCGACCGUACACACAAUUCACAGGGUCGCAAACACAAAUAAUGUAAAGUAUUCUAUCCGUUACAGAGGUGCUUCUUACGAAAUAUCGACCACGUUGCAUCCGCAGCUCGUUAAUCGUUUCGAGUCUCUGAUAUUCUCUCGUACGCUGUCUGUAAUCGAUAUAAGAACGAACGUGGUACAAACGCCGAGUCCAGGCGGUAGAUAUCGGCCGCUCAAGGUCGCUGAGCGGUUAUUAACAUGGGUGUGUUUUUAAUAUCGCGAACGUUCGCAGCUGGCGAUUGGAGUAUACGAAAAUCGAAUUUGUGAUCACGCGAGGCUUGAGAUAUUUCCGGUUAUUCUUACAUUUACAAUAUAUACGUAAACGAUUAAAGUGUACUUAAACGUGGCUGUCGGCGCGACGGCGGCGGGUUCGUGACCAAAAUCCGUAACUUGGUACUAACUCUCGGAGAUACUCGGGCGAACUGUAACGGAAGACAAGCUUGCGAGAGCGGCAGCGUGCCCGCUUUAUUGUUAAACGUAAUAACAGAGAAAAGAACACUCGGAGAGCUGUGUAUUCCCUUCUAGCCUAUUUUCUAUGGACGUUUUUCCGAUAAGAAUUGUCGUCGAUGUUACUUCCGAGAUUAAGCGUUCUUUUUCUUCAAGAUGUCUGAUACCGGGGGAUUGCCGUCACUUAUGCGAAUAUAUGUCUUCAUGUAUCCAUAACGCACCUUACGAAUUCUCUCUAAUCGAUGUACACCACUUAGGGGGCCUCGGCCGGGCCCUCGCGAACGAAAAAGACGUUCGAUGAUUCGGAACAAUAAAGAAGAGUUGAACGAA